GAACAGACCUGCGUGACUCAGCUGGUCUUGGUUUAGGUCCAGGUUUCUGUUGCUGCGGUUAUAUGACUUACUCAGACUCAUGGCUCUGUUGACUGAUUGGAUACUUCUCCUUCAGAUCACCUGAGCUCGUCUGAGGCUGACGGAUCACCUGUAUAAAAGACCUGAGCAGCUGCAGGAUCCUGGACCCGACCCGGAGAAUGAGGCCAUCCUCGCUGCUCUUCAUGCUGCUGCAGCUCUGCUGCCUUCAGAUGCUGCUGCUGUCCAGACCAGCAUGCAAGCUGCCGGGAAAGUGGGUUGAGACCAGCGUUCACCUGCUGCACGAGCUGGGGGAGCCUUUUCCUGCCAAGUGCUCUUCCGUCAAAGGCCAGGUGCGGUUUCCCGACUCCGCUCUCUCUGCUGCUUCGGGCACGGGCUUUGAUGGCAGGAUUCUGGGCUCUUUGCAGUGUCGCAGGACGUUGGUGGUGCUGUACCAGUUUCUGCAAGGAGCAGGAGCAAUGUUUGCCGAGUAUGACUUACCUGAAGGAGAAGGCGGAGUCACAUGGAACAACCGGAAGCUGGAGCAUUACCUGAACCUUCAGUACCGGCUGGUAGACGAGCACCCCUGUCUCAACACCACAGAGACCUCGGGGGUUUUAACGGCGUACUUCAGCAAUGUGACUGCUGUGGUGGAGCAGCAGGACAGUGCGCCCUGCGGUUGGGAGGCGCUGAGGAGAGAUCUGUCCUGGGUCCUGAAGUCCUCCGUGCAGCAACACCGAAAGUGCUUCAAAUAACCACAGAUGCAAUGACCAGACCAGACCGCCUCCUGACAGUCUAAAGCCACGCCCACUGAGCUUUCCAGUGGGGCUCUGUUCGCUGUUACUGUUCUUAAAAGGUUUUCUGUAAAAGAAAUUGUGGCACACCGUAAUAGUACAAGAACUUUCACCUAAUGCUAUUUAUUUGUCUUUAUUUGUUAUUUAUUUAAAAUUAUUUUUUUACUAUUUAUUUAAAUUAUAUUUUAUUUACUUAUAUUUGUGUUUUUUUAAUUUUUGGUUGAAUUGCAAAGAAAAUAAAGCAUCUUAAAACCGAGCUUGAAACUUACUCUACACUGUAAACAGCCUCACAACAGUCAGUAAACAAACAUCCAACCACUCGACAGUCAUCCGACCAAAAAUCAAUA